AUGCCGCCACAUCUCCAUCCGCGCUCGCGGUCAACAAUGGGCCUCUUCGCCGGUACCCUCUUCGCGUCUCUCCUGGUCGUCGGCAUGCCACACGUCUUCCCCUGCCCCGCCCCACGCCGCACCUUUGCCGACUCCGAAAUGACCAUCACAGCCGACGGGCAACAAGUCCCGCGUAUGCGGCGCCGAAGGAGAAAAGACAUGGAGCUGGACUCUGAGGUUCCGCGUCCCGGCCACCCGACACCUUCCAACGCCGCUGAUGAGGAAGUCACUACAUUCUUCCAGAUGGAGGAGGAGGCGGAGAAGCUGGCACACAUUGGCCACGAGUGUCCGGUGCCAAAACCGAAAGGUGUACUUGGGGAAUUACUAGGGUUUCAAAAGGCGCGUGGGAGUGAGCAGCGGGUCUCUGCUGAUGGAACUUAA